AUGUCUACCUCUAGAGAUGGCUAUCUCCUAUCCCGCAACUUCAACGCCUCAUCCAGGUUGACCGCCCAACACCUCCUCAUUUGUCGAAGGACGGCAUCCUUACUUGACUCUCGUAUUGCAGUUGGCGAGACAGGAGACCCGGGGCGUCCGUUGGUAAUUGCGGACAUUGGAUGUGGAAACGGUAUAUGGACCAUCGAAUUGUCACAAUCCAGCAACUGUCAGGUUGUGGGGCUGGACAGCUCGUCAGAACUAUUUCCACCCGAUGACAUAUGGCCCCGCAACUGCACUUUCGACACCUUCAACGUCCUCGCUCCAGUGGAGAGAAAGUACAUUGGGGUAUUUGAUAUCAUCAACAUUCGAUUGUUAGCGGGUGGCCUGGGCCGUAGGGACUAUGAUCGAGUCCUCGCCAAUUUGAAGCUCAUGCUACGCGAGGGUGGAUGGCUGCAGUGGCUUGACAUUGCGCCGCCAUACAUCCUCACCUAUGCAAGAGAGGCUAAUCAAACCGUACCUGUUUCGAUUGGCUGCGAGAUGCCACGAGUCGUCCAGUCAUUGGGAUGGCUAGGUCAUUUACCGGACUUGCUGAAAGAGACGGGCUUUACGCGGGUGGAAAGCAGCAGAACUCAACCACAGGGCGCCCUUCUCAAGCAUGAGACCAGCAAUGUUCUAUUAGCAUUGUCAGAGAUACGCGAUCAGCUUUGUUACUGCCCCGAUCGCGUGGGCGGAUUUGAACGAGCUUUUGACGAGCUCAUUACUUGCCAGCUACGUGGCACCACGAUCUAUGCAUUCUGGACUGGCACCUCCUACCUCAUGACUUCCGCGAUUGCGCAGCCCUUCAUCUCGACGAUAUCCGAGCGAUUAGGCAUCCAUAUGAGAAUGAUCUGGUUUUCUGUCAGUGCGUUUGCUGCAGGCUCAAUCAUCUGUGCCCUGAGCCGGGACUUCAUUCCUCUGCUUGCUGGGCGAUCUUUACAAGGUUUGGGCGGUGGCGGCAUCAUCACGCUGGUCCAAAUCAUAUUUGCUCGACUCGUUCCUUUGAGAGAGCGACCUAAAUGGUUUUCUAUUGUUCUGACCACCUGGGCCGUCGGAAGUGUUGUUGGGCCAUUCCUCGGUAGUGUCUUGACAACGACCUCCACCUUUCACUGGAUAUUCUGGAUAAACCUGCCUAUCUGUGGACUAGCGCUGGUCGUCAUACCGUUCACAAUUCCGUCUUUUCGACCAACGGCGCAAUGUUCCUGGUCAAAGGUAGACUGGGCAGGCGCAGCGAUAUUUUUCACAAGUUUAACCAGCGUUCUCCUUGGACUAUCUUGGGGAGGGGUGACUUUUCCAUGGACCAGUAAGUGGACUAUAUCCAGCGUCACACUUGGGUUUUGCGGAACGCUUCUAUUUGGUAUCUGGGAACAUAACUUCCCGAAGUUCCCUAUCUUCCAAUCCUCCUUGUUCAAUACAGCUUCAAGGAUUGCGCUAUACUUCUGUUCCUUCUUACAGGGUCUUAUUCUAUUCUGCCUCUUAUACUACGUCCCGCUCUACUUUGCCGCUGCCCAGCAACGAACUCCGAUGGUGUCGAGUGCCUGUGUUCUGCCCCUGUCAUGUUCAUUACUCCCGGGGGCCGCCAUCACAUCGCAAGUCAUCAGCCGCACAGGUCGCUAUAAAUGGAUCCUCGUCGCCGCAUGCGAACCCGGGACGACUGAUACCAAAGAGGCAGGUGUGCCGACUACGGUCGCGACCAGCCCACCUGCAAGGCUGGGCCUCGGAAGGAGGCAGCCUCGUCGUGCUCUGUGUGAUCUGCGAGUGUCUGUGGUGACGCUAUGUAUUCUGUAUCUCUGCUACUGGUGGUACUUCCUCGGGACGCACAUUCAAAGCAUCUCGGUAGCUCUCAUUCCUUCCGUCGGUGUUGCCUCUGCAGUAGCGGCACAAAAGCUGGUACACUCAAAUAUGUCAGGGGUGCUCACCGAAAUGUGCCGUGCUAGAGGGAGACACCAGAAAGCAAAACUCCAGAAGCAGUGA